AUGAAUCAAUAAAAAAUGGAGAAUAAUGUAAAUUAGUAACCAGGACUAGAUUCCUUCCUUAAAACAUGGUGGUAAUCACAUCUAUUUGGAACAAAACUUAUCUUAACAAUUUCAUCAAUUUUUGGAUUAAUUGAUUUAUUUACACAUUAUGCCUUUGACAUCCUCAGCAAUUCCCCAGAUUCAACAAUACCUUUUUAAAUCUAGAGAUUGUUCUUUGCAAAUUUUGUUCAUUAUUACAGUAUUGAUAUGAUAUUAGCUAUCAUAUGCAUUUCUAAUAGAUUGAAAGAUUUUGAAACCAAGAACGGCACAGUUUAAUUCAUUAUCAUAAUUUUUAUUCAAGGUUUUAUCACUUAAUCAAUUUGCCUCCUAUUACAAUUUGUCUUUUCAUUCAUUUAUCCUCCCUUUUCUUAAGCACCAGCAUAUAGUUUAUGGAACUUUGCCAUAUUUUUCAUCAUUCAAGAUUGUCUUAUGAUACCUAAUGGUCAAAGUAAAUUCCUGAUUUUUCCAAUGUAACUAAAAAAUAAAUAUUAUCCGAUAUUAUUUAUUGUUCUCUUUAGUUUAAUCCAGCAAUCUUUGACUUUUAUUAGCUCCUCCAUAGUGGCCGUCAUUUACUAUCUAUAUUCGGAUAAUUUUAACCUCUUGCCAGCAACUGUUUAAAAAAUGGAAAAUGGAAUAAUAUUUAAACAUUUUAUAGAACAAAUUGAUUUUAAAAGAAUUACAAAUUAUUAAGAUCAAAUAGAAUUCAGUGUUGAUUCCAGAGAAAUACCAUAGAUUUAAACACCUCCUGCUAAAUUAACAAUUGAAGGAAGUGCUCCAUUUCCUCCAUCUCUUUUACUUCAAGAAUUGCAGAAGUAAUUGAAUACUAAAGGUGGCAAAAUUCGUGAGAGAGUUUAAGAAGUGGAAGAAUAAAAAUAAAUGGAAUAAAAGACAGAAGAGUACGAUUUAUGA